AUAGUAUAAUAUUGUGUUCUUUCAGAUCAUUUUCUGUACUACUUUUAGUUGCAUGGUUGUGCACUGUUUUGUUUCUUGUAUCACGCUUGUGUGUAAAAAGCCUUUAACGCCUUUUCCCAUUGUUCUCCACUGCUGAUUAUUGAAUAAGUAGCUUUUAAUCACGUGUGGGGUGGGGGUUUAACGAGGUAUUACGCAAACAAUAAAAAUACCCACUGGUGCAGAUUAUAGCUUGCAGUACUCGUGAUAAACGCUAGGGGGAAGCAAAAAGCAAAUGUGACUGUUGAGCCUGCUAGAAAUAAGUAAACAGAGUAAGUGUGUUGUUUACGCCUACUCUGGGUUCAAGAUGGCUGCUGGAGACAACAGCGGCAGGCCUCCUUGCCUCAGUUUCUCUGGUCCGGGUCCUUUGGGAAACAGCCAACCCAGCAACAGUGUUUUCUCCAUGCCCGCAUCCAACGGCGGAGGGGUCGGUGCAGCUGGGGGGCCGCAGGGAGCCGCGAGGCGGCCCAACCCGCAGCUUGGGCCUGGAGGGGGAGACGGCAACGGUGUUUCGACCGGAACUCAACCGACUGCGCAGAACUCCCUGCAGCAGCCCGUUGCGGCAGGUGCUGCGGCAGCCGGAGCAAUGGCCUCUCCGGCGUCCAACAUGGCAAGCACCGCGGCGUCAAACGCCUCUCCGGCGGCGGCACCGACGGCCACUCCGGCGGCCGCCUCCGUGCUGGUGUACCGAGAGCCAGUGUACAACUGGCAGGCAACGAAGAGCACCGUGAAAGAGAGGUUCGCUUUCCUCUUCAACAACGAGGUGCUCAGUGACGUUCAUUUUUUAGUGGGCAAGGGGAUGGGAGUUCAAAGGAUACCGGCACACAGGUUCGUUCUGGCUGUGGGCAGUGCAGUGUUUGAUGCCAUGUUCAACGGGGGAAUGGCGACCACGUCAACGGAGAUCGAGCUCCCAGAUGUGGAACCAGCUGCCUUUCUGGCCUUGCUAAAGUUUCUCUACUCUGAUGAAGUCCAGAUCGGGCCUGAGACGGUGAUGACCACACUCUAUACGGCAAAGAAGUAUGCAGUUCCAGCACUGGAGGCUCACUGUGUGGAGUUCCUGAAGAAGAACCUCAGAGCAGACAAUGCUUUCAUGCUGCUGACACAGGCACGGUUGUUUGAUGAGCCACAGCUUGCCAGUCUCUGUUUGGAAAAUAUUGACAAGAACACUGGAGACGCGCUUGCCGCUGAAGGCUUCACAGACAUAGAUCUGGACACACUGGUGGCAGUUUUGGAGAGAGAUACUCUGGGAGUGAGGGAGGUGCGUUUGUUUAGUGCUGCAGUUCGUUGGGCCGAGGCUGAGGCGCACAGGCAGCAGUUGCAGCCAACGCCCGAAAACAAGCGUAAAGUCCUGGGAAAAGCUCUCACACUCAUCCGGUUCCCUCUCAUGACCAUCGAGGAGUUUGCUGCAGGUCCAGCACAGUCCAGUAUCCUGACUGACCGGGAGGUGGUGAGUCUCUUCCUGCACUUCACAGUCAACCCGAAGCCACACGUAGAUUUCAUUGACCGCCCUCGCUGCUGCCUCCGCGGAAAGGAGUGCAGCAUCACACGUUUUGGUCAGGUGGAGAGCCGCUGGGGCUACAGCGGCACAAGUGACCGCAUACGGUUCUCUGUAAACAGAAGGAUAUUCGUGGUUGGUUUUGGGCUAUAUGGCUCAAUACACGGACCCACAGAUUAUCAAGUCAACAUACAGAUCAUUCACACAGACAGUAACACAGUGCUGGGGCAGAACGACACAGGCUUCAGCUGUGAUGGCUCAGCAAACACCUUCAGAGUCAUGUUCAAAGAGCCAGUGGAGAUCCUACCCAAUGUCAACUACACUGCCUGUGCCACACUCAAGGGUCCAGACUCUCAUUAUGGCACUAAGGGAAUGCGAAAGGUAACACACGAGUCGUCAUCCACUGGCACAAAGACAUGUUUCACCUUCUGCUACGCAGCAGGCAACAACAAUGGAACCUCCGUAGAGGACGGACAGAUUCCCGAGGUCAUCUUCUACACAUAGUCACCUCAGACAUUGCAACAAUCUUCCAUCAAAUGUGACAACCGUGACACCAGCGAGCGCAGGGCCGCACCUCAGCAGCUGUACUGGGGACUAAUCUGUCAGACUUCAUACUGUUCCCUCCAUAUCGCGCACAACUGUUGGCAACAUGGGAAGGCAAACAGCCUGGAAGCGUUGUAGGUCACUACAUGGGUCAAAGCUCGUCAUUUGAGAUGUCUUUCUCCUUCUCAGUGGCUUUCCUUUAUCCCAUUGUGUUAUAUUGACACCAGCCUCUGAAAUUGACUGGAACCGACUCCACUUAGAAACAAGAGGGAAGGAGAAGCCUCUCAGAUUAUUCACAGUAUCAGUGUCACUGCUGUGGAUUGAUAAAGGCUUAAACUGUAUGAUUCCUCUUUCUGUGCUCCACAGCAUUAACGCAGAGGAGAGUCUCAACUGUAUGAAUGUACAGUUUAUCAGAUUUGCCAAGAAAAUAUCCUCAUCACUGUUUAGUACAGACUAGAAUCCCACAUUAGCUGUAACUUCCACAUACUGACAGACCUCAUAGGCUUUAUGAAAUCUUGGUAAAUUUGAACCAAACUUCAUGUUAAUCUUAACAAUAUGGUUAGGGGUAAGAAUGAUUACUUUUUGGGUUUCUACAUACAGUACAAUCUGUGAUUUCUUGUGUCCUUGCUUGGUAGUUGCCUAUAUCCAAGAUAACCUUGCACUUCUUGGCCUUGCAUAUGUUAAUUUGGUUGUUGUAUGGAUGCACACUAACUCUUCAGAUAUGUUUCUUUUAUGCUUUGUUUAAAAAGUGUGGGUGGAACAGCUUUCCCGUCUCGGUAUGGAAGUGAGAGGGUUGUAUAUUAAAGUGGCAUUUAUUAACAUUAUAUAUGUAACUUGAAUUGAGCAUCGAUUAAAGAGUGAAGA